AUGGGGAACGCGGCGGGGGGCGGCCCGCGGGCGCUGCGGGCCCUCACCGGGUGCCUGCUGGGUGCCCUGGUGCUGAGCACGCUGGUGGGCAACGCGCUGGUGUGCCUGGCCGUCCUGCGCUUCCGCCACCUGCGCGCCAAGGUCACCAACUGGUUCGUGCUGUCGCUGGCCGUCUCGGACCUCUGCGUGGCCCUCCUGGUGAUGCCCUGGAAGGCGGUCACUGAGGUGGCUGGUGGCUCCUGGCUCUUCGGCAGCCGCUUUUGUGACACCUGGGUGGCCUUCGACAUCAUGUGCUCCACUGCCUCCAUCCUCCACCUUUGCAUCAUCAGCCUGGACCGGUACUGGGCCAUCGCCAGCCCCUUUCGCUACGAGCGCAGGAUGACACAGCGCCUUGCCUGCGCCAUGAUAGCCAUGGCCUGGGCCCUCUCCAUCCUCAUCUCCUUCAUCCCGGUGCAGCUACACUGGCAUAAAGCCGAGGAGAGGAGAUACCCAGGCUCCUGGCUGUCUGGGACACCCAGCUGUGAUGUCAGCCUGAACCGCACUUACGCCAUCACCUCCUCCCUUAUCAGCUUCUACAUCCCCGUGGCCAUCAUGGUCAUCACCUAUACCAGGAUCUACCGAAUUGCCCAGGCCCAGAUCCGCCGCAUCUCCACCCUCGAGCGAGCAGGCGGACAGUGGCCAGCUCACGGCAAGGAGCCCACCUCCUCUUUGCGGAGUUCCCUGCGCAAGGAGACCAAGGUGCUGCAGACCCUCUCUAUCAUUAUGGGAGUCUUCGUUUGCUGCUGGCUGCCCUUCUUCCUGCUCAACUGUCUGCUGCCUUUCUGCCAGCCUGAGCUGGAGAGUGACCAUGAAGGACAGUCACCCUGUGUUGGCCAAACCACCUUCAACAUCUUUGUGUGGUUUGGCUGGGCCAACUCCUCAGUGAAUCCAGUGAUCUAUGCUUUCAACGCAGACUUCAGGCGGGCUUUCAGCAACCUCCUGGGCUGCCAGUGCUUCUGCUGUGGCACACCCAGAUCCACUGUGGAGAGGGUCAACUUCAGCAAUGAGCUGGUUUCCUAUCACCGUGACACCUGCCAGAAGGAAGGAGCUGCCUCGUCCUCAGUACCUCCCGCUGCCAUCACUGCCUGGGUGCAGCCCAUACCCCAGGCCAUAAGCCUUCAGGGAGAGGACAGCAGUGAGGAGAUGUCUAUGGAGAAGAGGCCUGUGACUUCUCAGACACAGGUUGCCCCUGGCAGCAGCCCCAAGAGUUGUCAGGUGCCAGCUAUUUUGCAACUGAAUUGCGAGGCAGAGCUGUCCCUGGAAACUAUUACCCCCUGUGCCGGGCUUGGUCGGUGUGAGGGACCCCAUCACCCUGUUCCAGAGGGAUAA